UAAUAAUCUUUGCUGAUUCUGAAGCUUCCGGGUUAUCUGGGGAAACUCUACAAGAAAGAAAAUGGAUCCUCAGGAAGUCGGAUAAAGGAUCAAUGGAUGAAGGAAGUCGCAGUUUUCAUGAGCUUCCAGAUCAGAGUCUUGAAACUGAUGGCGGUGUCUGCGAGUCUCUGUCCGGGAUUCAAACAGAUCAUACCUUGAUCUAUUUUUCUGCUCCAAGAUCUGGAGGAAUUCCAUUACACUCACAGAACCCCUCUACUUCAGAUUCCCAAUCUUUUAACGUCCAAGCAUUGGAAUCACCAGAAAAAGAUCACCGCUCUUUCUCAUGCAAUGCAAGUUCAAAACAAAGGUUUCGAGUAUCAGAAACCACGAAAGAAGGUCAAAAUUCCCAUCAGUUUUCAACAAUUGCGGACGACAAUCAUGCAGAAACAGGUGUUGAGAUUCCAUACGCUAUUUCGUAUCCAAAUAUACAGAAAAUGCUACGCAGUGACGACGAGCUUCAUAUGACUAUUAUAGACGGCUUAGUUCCUGUUGCUGAAUACAUUUUAAAAAGCCUUUCUGGUGUCAAUGCAGACCUGUUAAAUAUUCAAAAUAACGAUUUACAAACACCUCUUUCUUUGGCUGUCCAUGAAAAUCAUGUAAAGGUAGUUUUUGCACUGAUUAAAAACGGUGCAAGCCUGUUAAUUGUAGAUAAAAAUGGCAACACUCCAUUGCAUAUCGCCUGUAUUUAUGGAUUUGAUAGAAUUGUAUGUCUACUAUUAGAGAAUGUAGAAAGAAAAAUCAUUAAGAAGUGUAUAUCAAUCCCAAAUUAUUUCGGCCAAUCAUGCAUACAUUUAGCUGUAGACAGAAUGCAUUUUUCUGUCAUGCGUCUUUUGCUAAAGCAUGGAGCAGAUGUGAAUGAUCGGGAGAAACUGUUUGGUAUGACAAUUCUACACAAGGCUGCUAAAACAGGGAAUAAGCAACUGCUUGAAUACCUUCUAACUUUGCAAGGUCUUGAUUUAAACUCGAAAACUUUUGAUGGAUUAACUGCUAUUUUCUUGGCAUAUUUUGAAAAUCAACACGAUAUUCUCCAUCUACUUGGCCAAGCUGGUUGCAAUCUUUUUCAUAAAUUCUGAUUCAAUAAUUUGUCUUUCUGUGUGUACGAGGGUUGUCCGUAAAGUUCGUGGACAACACUGAUAAUUACUGACAAACAUUGAUAAAAUAUUUGAAACUAUUAUUUUCAUUAAAUUAAUGUUUCAUUUUA